AUGGACAAGACCGGCCGACCACCGCGGCGCCGGGAGAUCGCCAUAUCGUGCAUGCUCAACGCGGAGGUGGGCGCCGUUCUCGCCGUCAUCCGCCACCCUCUCGUAGACAACCUCGCCGGCGCACCCGACGAUGCCGCCAACCCGCACCUCGUCCACUCCCUCAAGUCUCUCCGCUCCCUCCUCUUCCACCCUCGGCAGUGGGGCGAGUGGCGCGCCACCGAUCCCUCCCUCUAUCUGUCCCCCUUCCUGGACGUGAUCCAGAGUGACGACGUCCCGGCCGCCGCAACCGGCGUCGCCCUCUCCGCCGUCCUCAAGAUUCUGAAGCACGACGUGUUCGACGAGCACACCCCCGGCGCCCGCGACGCCAUCCACUCCGUCGUCUUCGCCAUCACCAACUGCCGCCUGGAGCACACCGACCCCGCCGCUGAGGACGCCGUCCUCAUGCGCGUCCUCCAGGUGCUCACCGCCGCCCUCCGCACCCGAGCAGCCGUCCUCCUCUCCGACCACGCCGUCUGCUGCGUCGUCAACACCUGCUUCCAGGUGGUGCAGCAGUCCGCCCAGCGCGGCGACCUCCUCCAGCGGAGCGCCCGCCACGCCAUGCAAGAGCUCGUUCAGGCCAUAUUUGUGCGCCUCCCCGACGUCAGGUUGGACGUCGCCGACGACGACCCGCUGGCCCCAGCCUCCACCUACGGCGCGCGCUGCAUGAUCGACAUCUUCCAAUUCCUCUGCUCCUUGCUGAACGUCGGCGAGGUAGUUGUCGACGUCUCCGACGGAAUCGGAUCCAUCAGCUACGACGAGGACGUCCAGCUCUUCGCCCUCGUCCUGAUCAACUCCGCCAUCGAAUUGGGCGGUGACGCCAUCGGAAAGCACCCCAAGAUUCUCGGAAUCGUCCAAGACGAUCUCUUCCACCACCUGAUUCAUUACUCCACCCAUUCCAGCCCUCUUGUCCUCUCCAUGAUCUGCAGCACAGUUUUGCACCUCUACAACUUCCUCCGAAGGUGCCUUCGAUUGCAACUCGAAGCAUUCUUCACGUACGUACUCUCGCGGAUCGCCGACGGAAGCAGCGGCGUUCACCUUCAAGAAGUCGCCGUGGAAGGCAUCGCCGGUUUCUGCCACCAGCCCAACUUCGUGAUCGAAACGUACGUGAACUACGACUGCGAUCCGAUGAGGCACAACGUGUUCGAGGAAUUGGGGAAGCUGCUCUGCAAGAUCGCAUUCCCCGCCCCCUCCCCCAUGUCGACGAUGCAGACUCAAGCUUUUGAAGGCCUCGUCGCCUUGAUCAGCACCAUCGCCGACAACAUCGAGGUCGAUCACAUCCCCGCUCGUGAGGCCUACAACAUCGACGCCGGUGACUACAAGCCGUUCUGGCUCACUAAGAGCGGGGAGAGUAGCUCCGUGAACUCGGACUCGUGGGUAGAGUUCAUGAGGAUGAGGAAGAUGAAGAAAAAGAAGAUCAUGAUCGCCGCGAACCACUACAACAGAGAUGACAAAAAAGGGAUCGAUUUUCUGAAGAUUGCGAAUCUCGUCCCCAACCCACCUGAUCCGACGAGCUUCGCUUACUUCUUCCGCUACACUCCGGGCCUGGACAAGAACAGCAUUGGGGACUUCCUUGGUGAUCCCGAUGACUUCAACAUUCAGGUGCUCAAGGAGUUCACCGGCACCUUCCAUUUCGAGCGUGUUCUUCUCGACACGGCCCUGCGAAGCUACCUCGAGACGUUCAGGCUGCCGGGAGAGUCGCAGAAGAUUCACAGAAUCAUUGAAGCCUUCGCAGACCAAUUCUACGAGCAGAACUCCUUGGGUGCCUUCGCGAGCAAAGAUGCAGUGUUGAUCCUGUCCUACUCCUUGAUCAUGCUCAACACCGACCAGCACAAUCCGCAGGUGAAGAAGAAGAUGACAGAGGAGGACUUCAUAAGGAACAACAGGGCCAUCAAUGGAGGAAUGGAUCUCCCGAGGGAGUACCUCUCUGAACUGUUCCAUUCGAUCAGCACCCAUGAAAUCAAGCUCUCAGGGACUGGUGGAUCGCCGGUGGAGCUAAGCUCUGCACAAUGGAACGAUCUGAUCAAAUCAUCAAGAGUGGUUGAGCCAUUCAUCCAGUGCGACUACAAGCACAAGCUGAGCAGGGAAGCAUUUGUGGUCAUCUCAGGCCCGGCGGUGGCCACGUUCAUCGCCAUUUUCGAGCAAGCCGACGACGAGGAGCUACUCCAUGAGAGCCUCGAAGGGCUGAUAUCAAUCGCAAGGAUCGCGCGAUAUGGGCUGGAAGAUGUCCUCGACCAGCUCCUCUCCUGCUUUUGCAAGUUCACCGGCAUCUUGAAUCCGUACGCCACCGUGGAGGAGACGCUGCUCACGUUCAGCAACGAGGUGAAACCGCGAAUGGCGACGCUGGCACUCUUCACCAUAGCCAACAAGUUCGGGGAUUCAAUCCGCGGAGCGUGGAAGAACAUGAUCGACUGCCUGCUGAAACUGAAGAGGCUGAAGCUGCUGCCUCAGUCCUUGAUCGAGCCGGACAACGCCCCAGCUCCAGACUCCAGAACCAGCUCGAACAGGGGAGAGUCCGGCGUCAUCUUCCCGGCGUCCCACCGCGGGGCGAACAGCAAACAAUCUGUGUCGGGAUUCAUUGGCCGGUUCUCGCAGUUCCUGUCAUUGGACAACAACGACACCAUGCUGAACUUCGGCAGCGAGUUUGAGAACAACUUGAAGAUCAUCCAGCAGUGUCAGAUCGGCGACAUAUUCACUAAGAGCAACAAGUUCCCGGACGAGUCUCUGCAGAAUCUGGGACGGGCUCUGAUCUUCGCAGCUGCCGGCAAGGGACAAAAGUUCAGCACCCCCGUCGAAGAAGAAGAGAUCGUCACCUUCUGUUGGGAUCUUCUGGUCACCAUUGCUCUCGUCAACAUCCACAGAUUCGCCUCCUUUUGGCCCCAAUUACACGAGAGCUUUGCCAUCGUCUCGCAGUUCCCCCUCUUCUCCCCCUGCCCAUUCGCUGAGAAGGCGAUCACCGCGCUGUUCAAGAUCGCAAUCAAGCUCACCUCACUGCCGUCUCGCCUGGACAAAGCACCAGAAGAGCUCAUCUUCAAGUCAAUAAACCUGAUGUGGAAGCUCGAUAAGGAGAUAUUGGAUACUUGCUGCGAGAGCAUCAUGGAUUCCACUAUCGUGAUCCUCAAUGAGAAUGGCAAAAAUGUGCAGACGAUCUUCGGCUGGAAGACAUUGUUCCAUCUCCUCAACGUCUCUGGGAGACAUCCGGAGACGUUCGAUCAAGGAGUUGAAGCUUUGAUCAAGCUGAUGAGCGAAGGAACCAAUAUCAAUCGGCACAAUUACGCAUUCUGCAUUGAGGCUGCCUUUGGAUUAGCUACGCUAAAGAUCAGCCCGCUGGAGAAGAGCUCCAAGAUUCUGAGUUUAAUGGCUGAGACAGUGAACUUGCUGGUCCAGUGGCACAACUCCGGCUACUCGGAUCCGGGAAGCAGCAGCAGUGGUAGUAAUUCAUUCGAGGAGCCUCAAAAGGGAGGGAGCAACCUUGCUGCUAAUCUGUUCAUGAAGCUCGUGGAGGCGCUGAGGAAGACGAGCUUAGUGCGACGCGAGGAGAUCCGGAACCAAGCAAUUUUGGAGCUCGGGAAAUGCUUUGCAGCGGCACAGGGGCUGGACUUUGCGUCGGUGACUUGCUUUUCCUGCUUCAACUUGGUGAUCUUCGCCAUGGCAGAUGACCUGCACGAGAAGAUGCUGGAGUACUCGCGGAGGGAGAACUCGGAGAGGGAAAUGAGGAGCAUGGAGGGAACUCUCAAGCUGGCCAUGGAGUUGCUGGUGGAGGUGUUCUUGCAGUUCUUGGUACCUCUGUCGCAGAGCCCUGGGUUCAGGACGUUUUGGCUGGGUAUGCUCAGGAGGAUGGACACCUGCAUGAAGGAGGACCUCGGAGAUCACGUCGGCAUCCUGCCGGAGAUCGUGCCGGCGCUGCUGAAGAAGAUGAUAGUAGAAAUGAAAGAGAAGGAGGUGCUGGUACAAGCUGAGAAUGAACUCUGGGAAAUAACAAAUAUUCAGAUCCAGUGGAUUGCUCCUUCAUUGAAGGAUGAAUUGUUUCCUGAUGAAUAACCUGCUGGUUAAUUAGAUCGUUAGGGGGAAAGAUUGCUUAUAGUUAUCAAUUUAUGAUUGCAGAAAUAUCAUCAAAAGAAUGAUCCUCAGGAAAUGAAAG